AUGGUUUCUCUCACGGGAAAAUCCAGAGUGGGCUCAACUCGUGCCUCUGUGGUCGGUGGUGCCCAAUCUCGCCCAAGCGUGGGUGGUAGGAAUUUCAAGGUGUUUUCGGAAAAUGACAGGACUAAAGUUGGUGAUGGAAAGACUUGCAAAUUCAAGGGAAGCCCUCUACUUGUGAAAGGGGUUUUAGAUUGCUGGGCUUUGAGAACUAAACUUGUUUUAGCUGCUUCAUGUGGUUUAAAGUGGAUGGGCUUGUCCGAAGACUGUAUAAGGAGUACUGUGAUAGCUAGUAAAGGGGUUAUUCUUAAUACUACCAGUAAUCCAAAGGGUGGUCUGAAAAAUAGUAUGGAUAAAAGUAGUGGCAAAUAUGGUACUUCUGAAAAUACAGCUGCGAGAAAGGCAUUGGUUGAUGUCAGCAAUGUUCAAGAAAAUUUCACAACAACUGUUGGGCAUGCUAAUUCAAAAAUGAAGGUUUCGGCAGGUUCAAGUACCAAAAUAGUGGGUGUAUCUUUGAGGAAGUCCAUCACGGGAAGAGUGCAAAGAAAUACAAGUAAAGGUGAUGCUCAAUUGGAUGCUCAAAAUAGAGCUAAGGCAACAACAAACAGAAGAGAUAGUUCCCAACUGAUUGAUUCAAGAAGCCAUCUAUGGAAGAAUCGAGUGAGUGAUGGAUUUGUUCUAACGGUUCAACCUAAUGUUUUACAUGCAUCCUCAAGGAAGUCUGCCAAGCCAAUUAUUAACACCAUACUACUCAAGGCUUCCACUGCUCAAAGGACUUUAAAAUCUAAAUCCAUACCAGCUCAGAGCAAAUUAAAAUCAACUAUUGCAACGUCAUCUCAGAACAAACCCCUAUCAGCUAAGGAGAAAUUAGAAUCAACUACUGCAACCUUAUCUCAGGAAAAAGAAACAGUUUCUUUGUCUCUUCCUUCGAAUGGUUCGACAGUUUCUGAUGAUGCAAAUCAAAGACAUCUUCCAUCUGGAGAGAGCGAUCUAAGUACAGAUUUAUCAGAGUUUAUUCCAAGGAAAAAAUCCAGCCGCCGGAAAUCGUAUACAACUUCAUUAAUUGAAGGAUCUAAGUUUCUUAAGGAAAGUGAAGUUAGAGAGCAGGAUAACCUACCCAAUAUAGAUAAUGAAAGCAAUCAAUUUGAAGUUUCUGAAUACAUUGAUGACAUAUAUCAGUACUAUUGGAUUACUGAGGCACGUAAUCCAGCUCUAGCAAAUUACAUGUCAAUUCAGACAGACAUUACACCUCAAUUGCGGGGCAUUUUGAUCAACUGGCUAAUUGAAGUGCACUUCAAAUUUGAAUUGAUGCCAGAAACACUGUAUCUCACCGUUACUUUGUUGGAUCAAUAUCUCUCCCUAGUGACUAUCGAAAAGACUGAUAUGCAGUUAGUUGGUCUUACAGCACUUUUGCUGGCUUCGAAGUAUGAGGACUUUUGGCAUCCUAGAGUUAAAGAUUUAAUUAGCAUCUCUGCUGGGUAUACGAGAGAUCAAAUGCUUGGAAUGGAAAAACUUAUUCUUAGAAAAUUAAAUUUCCGUCUCAACACUCCUACUCAUUAUGUUUUCUUGGUGCGGUUUCUGAAGGCUGGACGAUCAAAUAAAAAGGUAUGUAACGCAGCAUGGAUGGUGAUUGAACACAUGGCUUUCUUUCUGGUUGACCUAUGCUUAGUUGAAUAUGAAGCUUUAGCAUUCAAACCUUCAUUACUUUGUGCCUCUGCUCUCUAUGUUGCACGUUGUACUUUGCGAAUAACUCCACCAUGGACCCCAUUACUUCAAAAGCAUGCGCGUUAUGAAUUUAGGGUGAUUUCUAUUUAUGCUGACUCUAGCAUUCACAGGGAUUGUGCGGAAAUGAUACUGAAGUUCCACAAAACUGCUGGGGUUGGGAAGUUGACAGUUGCAUAUGACAAGUACUCUAGACAGGAACUCGGUAGGGUUGCAGCAAUCAAACCGUUGGAAGUACUUCCCGUAAUUUGA